AUGAGCUCAUUGAAAGCACUGCUUAGCUCGAAAUCAUUUGACUCUGUGACAACUUCCAACCUUGAAAUGACAAGCAACAAUGGUCGGAAGCGCGGUGCGGCUCUGGAAGAAUGGUUGCUGCGGAAGUUUCCUGAAUUGUACAGGAAAUCACAUGAUUUGGAGAGCACUACCGUCCCAGCAAAUGAUGUCGAAAAUCAACCGCUUAAUUUGGUAAAACGAUGCAGGCGAGAUGUGGAAGUGAAAAAUGAAGCACCAAUAGUGUAUACCGGUUGUACGGGUCAUCUUUAUCCCAAAACAUUGCGAACAAACAGUUAUAAUCGCGUGUCCGUGCAGCGCUCAAAUUCGAAACACGACAUUAUCUCAAGUGAAUAUUAUGUAUUACCGAAAGGAGAUCCAUUUACCCUGAAAAAUGAACACUUGUCAAGACGAGUGGAUAACGAUUUAGAGUGGAAUGAUGGUGAAAAUAAAACACAGCCAGUAUCCAAUAAUGAAGGAAAGCAUGUAAACAAAGAUGACACCAGAAACAGCAAUUCUACGACAAGGGAUGGGCGGUAUAGAAACGUGAACAGACUGCAAAAUAAUAAUAAGCGAAUUGAUGGAAGUAUCUAUUCAUUUGCUGCAAAUAAGCAAAUUGCAAAACGUUUAACUACUCCUAAAUUAACGAAGCACAACGAUGCAGCUUAUUAUCCGAAUAUUCAGUGUCUCCUUUGCAGAGAGUGGGUGUGUUCUAGAAACAGGUACAUGCACGUCGAGUCACAUUUGCAGUAUCGCCCAUACAAAUGCAGUUUUUGCGGAUACGAUAAUCGAAAAGAAAUAUUUAUUAUAUUACAUAUCAAGAAAGUGCAUGGUGGUAGGGCUGAAGUUAUCCGGGAUAUUAAUACCGAACUGGAGCAUGAGGCAUGGAACAUUGCAGAGCGAUGUGUUGAGCAUACACGAGACGUAUUGCAGCGUGCGCAUCAGGAAGCUAUCCAACAUGAUAAAGCAUCCACAUCUACGGAACCCGGCAAUUCUACCAAAGUCGAAGAGGCAUUGCUUAGCAAAUAUUCCACGCAGUAUCGUCCAAGGUUGUACAACACACAGCGAGCAGAAAAAAGUUUAGUUAUCGAGGAUUCGUUGAAAAUGGGGAUUCUUCCUGAUUUUAGUGAGGUUUCAAAUCGCGAAGUAAAAUGUCAGGUGAGGCUUUGUCGUAAUGUUAAACUUAAGACAUUCUCGAUUAAUAAGGAAGAAGCGAGCGAGCGAGUUUGA